AUGUCGCUCACGCAAGCGUGGCAGCAAGCACUGGACAGCUUGACUGCCGCGCAUGACCACCAAUCUGUACACAAUGCAGCCUCGGGUCCACUCCCAUCAUCAAAUGCGUACACUCUCUUGACGCAGUACUUCGAGCCAGCAGCGCCAUCAGAAUGCCGCUUCUUCGACGAGAAGACAGAGGUCUUCAAGCUGGAUACGGAAGCCAGCGAUGCACUGCAUGCUCUUCUCGGCAGCGGUGCGUCGAUGCCAUCUAGCUCAAAGAUCGACCUUUCUUCGCCAAAUCCUGCCCUCUUCGCUCUAUCUCAUCACUAUGUUGAUCGGUGUCUCGAAAAGCUUCAAGAAAUGGCAUACGAAUAUGGCUUGACCAUUCGAGAUGCUAGUCGAGCAUCGUGUUCGGCGCUGAGCGACGAUCUGCCAGGAGCGCUGCUCAAACUGUCCCUGUGGUUCCGAGCCUGGCUCUCCCCCUAUGCCGACACAUCCAUCUUUUCCGGCACCUCUGAUGACCGCAAUCGACUCAGCCAAUCACUGCAAGCAUACAUACGCUCCCUGUUCGAUCAUACUGCUGCUGAAUCGCUCCGCUCCCAUCUCGAGCAGCUCGUGGUCGACCCCGAACACCUGGACCUGCCAACAACAUUCGUGGCCCACCUCAACAUUGCGGGUCUUGCCACGCCAGCCAUGAUCCUGCUCACUCGGGUCAUGCAUUGCGAGAUCACGCGCAAAGUUCGCGCCGUGGUUGAUGCUGCCGACGUACGACCGCAGGACUCUGUACUACCGCUCGAAUCUGCUGCUCGACCCGUGCUGCAGCAGUGGCUCGACGAUGAGGUAAAGCCACGCUUUGCUGCCAUUCGACAGUGCUUGCGAGCCGAUGACGCUUUUCCGGAGGCGAAACAAAAGGUCGUGGACACCGAAAGCGCAGACGAGGACGCUUGGAAGAGCCGACUCGACUACCAACUGGACAAAGCGCUAUGCCUUACCCGCGCAGGGCAGCUGUUCGACCUGGUUGCCUUGUACCCCGAGUCAUCGGCGGCGCUGGAGGACCUGCGGCUGAGUCUGCAAAACGCAGAUCAGAGGCUGAGAGUCGCCAAGACGUUCUCCGAGUCUCUCCACAUGCGACUCUUGCAUCCAGGUGCCCAUACUCGCGACAUCAUUCAGAUGUACGUCCAUCUCGUUCGCUCGUUGAGGGAGAUGGAUCCGACAGGCGUGGUCCUAUCGCGUGUUGUUUCGCCCUUGCGGAGGUAUCUGCGCGCGAGGAAGGAUACAGUGUUGGUGAUCGUAGCGUCCAUGUUGGGAGACGAUCCGGAUUUCACGCUGCUCAAGGACGAAUUAGAACGCGCGGAUCAAGAAGAACAACAACAGGAAGAGCAAGUGGAGACAAAACGGAAACGUCGACCUCGACGAUCGCUUCAAACGCACGCUGCUGCUUCUGCUGGAACAAAUGGUGGCAAGCGUAGCCACAAGCGUCGAGGUGCACAUCCAAGACGUGCUGCAAGCAGCUCUUACGCUUCCGACAGCGAUGCAUCCUCCGAGGAGGAUUGGGACGAUCCGAGCUGGGUGCCUAAACCGGUCGAAGCAGGCAGCGGAUACCGCAUGUCGACGUCCAAGGACAUCAUCUCGAUGCUCACGAGCAUCUUUGACGAUCGCAGCGGAUUCAUCGCCGCACUCGAAAAGAGCAUGGCGGACCAGCUGGUGCAGGUGAAAGGAUACAAAGCGAUGAAAGAGUAUCGCAACAACAUGAUCCUCAAGAAGCGAUUCGGAGAGAAGAACAUGGGCAAGUGCGAUGUCAUGCUCGGAGACGUCACCGAGUCGAGACGCGUCGAUAGCGAGGUGCAUCAACGGAGGAGGCAGGCUGCGGUUCCGGCGCCGUCGACAUCUGCGGUGGAAGGGAUGAUCUCGAAAUUGCACCCGUUGAUCGUCUCUCGUCAGUUCUGGCCGGAACCCACGAUCAAGCCGGGUACCGGUGCAGCCGCCGGACCGAACGCUGCGACCGCUGUCGCUGGUGGCGCAGGUGCCCCCGCCGGAACACCCGGCAGCGUAGCAGAAUUCACUCUCCCACCGCUGUUCCGUCACGCCCAGGAAGAAUACGGUAAGACGUUCUGCCAGACCAAAGCGAUGCGCAAACUGCACUGGUUGAACCACCUCGGAACCGUCGAACUCGACGUCGAGCUCGACUCGGGUGAAAACAUCUCGGUCGAGUGCAGCUUGAUCCAGGCGUCCACGCUCGAAGUGAUCUCGAGGUGCAAGGGUCGAACCGCGAACGCUGCCGACGCUGCAUCUGCGGGCGGCGCCAACGUCGUCACGCUGACAGACGUGAUGGAGGAGCUCAACCUGCAGAGGGAGAAGGACGCAAGGGAUGCGCUCGAGUUCUGGGUCCAGGCUGGACUGUUGAAGCCCGUAGCUGGUUUGGCGGAUGCGUUUAUCGUCCAGCCUAGCUUGCCGGUCGCUUCAGUGGACGAGGAGCACGGAGGACAUGAGGAAGCGCUCUAG